AUGAAGAAGAUUUUGGAAGGUCUAAUUAGCAAGAAUCAAUCAGCUUUCAUAUCUGGAAGAUCUAUACAAGAUAACAUCAUGGUGGCUCAUGAAUUAGUAAGGAAUUAUCACAGGUCCAAAGGUACUCCAAGGUGUUCUUUAAAAAUUGAUAUCAGCAAGGCUUAUGAUACUGUUAAAUGGGAUGCAAUUUUCUACAUUCUACAACAGUUGGGAUUUCCUGCUAUCUUUAUUAACUGGAUUGCUCUAUGUAUUAAAACAACUAAAUUCUCUAUUCUUAUAAAUGGUUCUCCCUAUGGGUUUUUUGGAGCACAGAGAGGUUUGAGACAAGGCUGCCCAAUAUCUCAUUACCUGUUUGUGUUAGAAAUGGAGAUGUUGAGUGCUACUCUGCUUAAAAAACUCCAGUUGCAGAAGUUUGGUUUUCACCCAAGAUGUAAGUUAACUAGUUUAACUCACAUGUGCUUUGCUGAUGAUGUGCUAAUUUUUUUCAAAGGAACUACUGCUGCUGCCUCAACUUUAAAAGUUGCUCUUUAUGAAUUUAGCUCCUACUCAGGUCUUGUAAUUAAUAAUCAGAAAACAUCUUUGUUUUGUUCUGCUGUGGAUGAUACUACUCUGCUCCAAAUUACUCAAAUUCUUGAUUGCACAGUGGGAGAAUUUCCUGUUAAGUAUUUAGGUGUUCCUCUUUUAUCAACAAAACUUUCUUAUAAAGAUUGCUUACUACUUCUUGAAAGAAGAGUUAUAAAGGAGCUGAAUACUAAGUUUAAAAGAUUCUUAUGGGCUGGCCCUGACCUAAAGAAGAGUUACAAUCCUAUUAAAUGGAGCUAUGCUUGUCAUGCUUAUGAAGAAGGAGGUUUAGGCAUUAAAGAUCUUGAGUAUACUAAUGUUGCAGCUAAUAUAAGGCACAUCUGGGAUUUAGUAUCUGGUAAAGACACAAUUUGGACUUCUUGGGUUAAAAGUAACCUCAUCAAAGAUAAAUACUUCUGGUCUAUGAAGAUUCCUCAGGAUCCUUCUUGGUGUUGGAGAAUAAUUUUGGAUCAUAGAGAGCUAGCAAAGAAACAUAUUGGAGUUCUCUUGGGUAAUGAAGUCUCUACCAGCUUCUUAUAUGAGAAUUGGCACUUAAAAGGGAGUUUGGUUUAUUGGGUGGAGCCACAUAUUUUAGAAACUAUUGGUGCUAAUGAUAAUUCAAAAGUGGUUGAUUUCAUAUCUACAGCAGGUUGGGUGUUUCCAGACUUUAUGGAAGAUGAUACUAAAGAAGUAGUGAAGGACAUAUCACUAACUGAGUUUAAUCUUGCUGAGGAUGAUCAAAUUUUUUGGAAAUCAAGUGCAACAGGUAACUUAUCUAUGAAAGAUACUUAUUAUGCUAUAACUGAUCAUAUGCCUAAACCUGUUUGGGAGAAUCUAGUUUGGUUUAAGAAUCACAUUCCAAGACACUCUUUUAUCACUUGGUUAGUUCUCUUAAAAAUAUUAAAAACUAGAAGUAAGUUAUGUAAAUGGGGAACUAUCUCAGAUUCUUCUUGUAUUUUAUGUGGGGUUGUUGAGGAGUCUGAAGAUCACUUGCUUCAUGAAUGUCAAUUCUCAUCUGUCAUCUGGAAGGGCCUUAUCCUUAAAAUGGGUAUUAUUAAGAGUCUUGAGAGCUCUUGGGAUGCAGAAAUUAACUGGUGUGCUCAAGCAUUUACAGGCUCUAACUGUGUAGUCAUGAUUAAAAAACUGGUGCUUAACAACUUUGUUUAUCGUAUAUGGACAAAGCGUAAUAAUAGAAUCUUUAGAGCUCUAAAUGGGUCUCAAGAUCAAGUUAGCUUACUCAUUAUACAAGAUGUAAGAUUUAAAAUGCUAGCCAUGCAACGUAAGGAGAAUGAUACUUUAUCUGCUAGAGAUUUCAUGAGAAGAUGGAAUAUAGACUGUACUUUUGUUCUUCCGGAGAUUAUCUUCUGCACCUGGUUGUAUCCUCAGAAUGAUGAAGUUAUGAUAAACACUGAUGGAUCAAAGACUGUCACAGCUGGAGGUUUUGGAGCCAUAAUUAGAGAUCAUGAAGCUGCAGUAAUAGGAGCUGCUAGUGGAGAGGGCCCAGUCAGUUCUGAGCCUAAGCCACCUUGGAAGGUGCUUAAAAUUUGGAGAAGAAUUAUGGUUCUGAAACAAAAGUUUGCAAGAUGGAGGAUUACUUUUUGUUAUAAAGAAGCUAAUCAAGCUGUUGAUUACUUAGCUGUUCUACAUUUGGGCAAUCUUUGGACAGAAAUCCGUCAUGAAGAGUUUAUUGCGGAUUUCAGAGAAAUCUUGGCUGCAGAUAAGGCACAAAAAGUUUAUCAGAGAAAGAAGAAGAAGUGA